AUGUUUAGACUUUCGGUAGAAGUAUCUCAAUACAUUACAAUACAGAAAGGUAUGUAAUGCGAACAAGUGGCUCAGUCGCUUUUACUAAAAUGAAGUUGAUACUGAAGAUGAAGUCUGUGCGCAAGUGUACCCAAAGACAUCAUUUUCUAAAGAUACUCGAAAACGACUACUUCAGGAAAUUACGCUUGAUCUAAAGAGGUGCAUUGAAAUGCGCAGUAGUCCUGAGGCUGCAAAUUCGUAAUUGAGAAUCUUUUCAGCAUCACAGAGUGAGGAUAUAAAUGGCGCGAAAGGCAAACAGCAGCUGCAGAAGAAAUCUUUUGACAAGUCUAAGAAAAACCGGAAAUCAGCAAGAAAGCUGGAGAAAAAGGUAGAUGUCCUGCGUGGGGAGCCAUAUGUGCUAAAUGUAAAGGGAGAAGUCACCUCGCCUCAAAAUGCGAGAUGGUUAAAAAUCUAAGAGAAGAAUCCGAGGAAUCUGAAGAUAGCGACAUAUAAUAUGUCACAAGCAUUACAGACGGACCGGAAGUGGUACAUGGGGUUCUCAUGGGACGAUUUGGCUGACAGGUUUCUUUGGAACAACCAUUUCUUUUCUUUCUUAAUUACAUGCACCACUUCCGGUGCGCCUGUAAUGCUUGUGAUAUAUCAUCUGUCGCUAUCUUCAGAUUCCUCGGAUUCUUCUCUUAGAUUGUUAACCUUCUCGCAUUUUGAGGCGAAGUGACUUCUUCCUUUACAUUUAGCACGCAUGGCUCUCCACAUGGGACCUCUACCUUUUUUCUUCAGCUUUCUUGCUGAUUUCCGGUUUUUCUUAGACUUGUCAAAAGGUCUCUUCUGCCGCUGCUAUUUGUCUUUCGCGCCAUGUGCAUCCUCGCUCUGUGAUGCUGAAAAAGUUCUCAAUUACGAAUUUGCAGCCUCAGUACUCCUGCGCAUUUCAAUGCACCUCUUUAGAUCAAGCAUAAUUUCCUGAAGUAUUCGUUUUGGGGUGGCUUUAGAAAAUAAUGUCGUUGGGUACGCUUGCGCAAAGACUUCAACUUCGGUAUCACCUUCAUUUUAGUAAAAGCGACAGAGCCACUUGUUUGCAUUACAUCCCUUUCUGUAUUGUAAUGUAUUGAGAUACCUCUACCGGAAGUCUAAACAUUGUGAGCUUGAUUUGAAUCAUGGGAUAUUGUAAAGCAUGAACUGCAACCCGAGUGCCACUGAAAAACACAUGGUCAAUUAUUUAUACAGGAUAGAAAAUACGUGGGCAUUGCAUGCAAAAGGUGCACAGGUACAAAAAAAUGAAUAAAUAACUUAAAUCCUUACACUAAAAAACCAAACAAAAUAUACAAUUACACCCAUGCAGUAUUUUUAUCGGCAGUUCUAAAAGACUAUGCUAAAUAUGUCCUUUAUUUGCAACGGUAAGUGACUGUCGGUCCUUAUAUUUCGGAUCAGGUCUCGAGAUUCUUCCAGAUCUAACAACGGCUUGUGGUCUUGGGGCAUUAGAGUAUGGAUCAACAUUUGAACAAGCGGCCUCUGGCGUAAUUCCUCCCAGGAAAGGCUUUAGUUGAGCUUGGGUACCGACAGACUUCCUUGUUGGGGACCUGACAGACUUCAGGCUCCGGUAGUUUCUUGGCUGGUGUCUUGACAGGACCCGUAGCCUCGGGGAGUACAUCCUCAUUUGACAUGGCAGGAGCCUGAUGAGCAUUUGACACGGUAGAAGGAUAUUGAGGAACUACUGCUAAGUGAGGAGGAGUUUGAACAGUAGACUGAGAUGGAAUGGGCUUUAGAAUAGCUAAAAGACCUGCUUUCUGCGGUAAUCCUUCUCUUCAGUUUGCACAAUGUAGGAUUGCGGCUGAGCAGCUGGUUUCUUAACAAUACCAACUUUCUCACGACUCUUCUCAGUUUGAAGUCUAACAACCCAUUUUGGAUGGUGGAACGGAAGAUAGUCGGCGUGCUGAUUAUAAUAAGCUUUCUGCUGUUGGCGCUUUCACUUACGACGUGAGGCAACAAUUCUACUACUUGCUGCCUUUGGAGUGAGGAGCUGCUUUGCCACAGGAGUAGGGAGGAGAACCUUGUGUUUCAUCUCUAGGAACUUUAAACAGAUUAAGGAGGCCAAGAAAGGGAUCAGAACCUUCCUUCUUACACCUCCAAAGCAGGUUCUUGGCUUGUUUGACAGCAUUUUUGGCCAGACUGUUGGACUGUGGGUGAUAUGGAAUGCUGGUGGCAUCCUCAAAGCUCCAUUCAUUAGCAAACCUUUGAAAUUUUCUACUUGCAAAUUGUGGACCACUGGCUCAAAACACUUUAUAAUAAACACCAUGGACAACAAAACAAUGCCUAAGUUUGAUCCUCUUAAUAACAGUUAUGGAAGACAAAUCGCGACGGGUAUCUGUCGCUAACAAACCAGAGUAAGAGUCGACAGGUAUCAGAUACCGCAAUACAUUUCAGUUUAAUAUCUCUGCACUCACAAAUAACCAGGGGAGGUCUGGGAUCAGAUAAAUAACAAGUGGUUCUCUCUGCUUGUGCGGUUUGGUACUAUUGCACAGCUUACAGAGAACAAUGGCAGAGUCAAUGUCGGAUGUCAUAGAGGUACAAUACACAUCCCGUGCUCUUUUCUUUGCAGCAUCUGCUCCAGGAUAUCCCUUGUGCAGUUUCUAAACAAACUCUUUGCGUAGGGACUACGCGACCACAACUCUUAGGCCUUUCAGAAGGAUACUACCAACAUUCACGAUUAGCUUAUCCUUUACAGGAAAAUAUGGUUUUUACUUCUAGGGGUUAGCUCUCGAGCUUUUCUGGCCACCCAAAUAAAAAAAUAAACCGCCAACAUGAGAUUGUGCCUUUGGAGUUCAGCCAUACGUGUGGGUGAGAUUGCGCUGAACGAUAUGUCAAACUAAUAUUCAUUCUCAUUACCAUGUUUCUGAUUUGUGUAGGCACGUGAGAGUGUCUGCCAUAUGCAGGUCGGUUCUUUUUCUGUAAGUAAACUUCAAAUUGUAACCAGGGGCUGUUUAAAGAGGCUUGUUUACGAUUGCUGUGAGAGGUUUGUGAUCAGUUUCAAUAUGGACUUCCCUACCAUAGAUGAAAUCAUGAAAUGCUGCUGCAAGCAGUUCCUUCUUGAUCUGUGCAUAUUGAUUUUUAGCUUCAGUUAGGGCUCUUUAGGUAUAUGCCACAAGGCAACUAUCCUGCAGGCAUGCGGCACCAAGACCACUCUUUGAGGCGUCCACUGCCAGUGUGGCAGGCUUCGCAGGAAAACAGAGCUUAAAGACUAGGGGGUUGACGUGUCCAACUUCUGGAGCUCAAACGCUUUUGGACGAGGUGCUUCUCAGCUCCAGUGUAUGUCUCUCUGUAGCAGUUCGCGCAGGAGAGCAGUCUUCUCGCUUAGAUUGCUCAUGAACUUAGGUACUUGAUCAUAUCAAGGAAUCGAUGACGUGCUUCAGGGCUCUGAGGGGCAGGCAUAUCAUUCAUUGCAGUAACUUUGGAUUCAUCAGACCACAUGAGGCCUGUCUUUAUGAACAAAUGACCAACCUAGGAGACUUAAUCACAAGGGAAUCUACGUUUCUUUGUAGACAAUUUGAAGCCAAUCUCUCGUGCUCCCUUCGGGAGCACGAGAGAUUGGUGUUCCUUCGCCCUAUACCAACAGGUCAUCCACGAUGAAUGCACAAUGAAAAACCUCAAAAGCGAAGGUCAUUCCAAAAUGGUUCGGAGAAAACUUUACCUUUCAAACAGGGAGCUGAAUUUAUGAGUAGUCAGCACUCAUAGUCUGUCAUUUAUUGAAUCAAGCGUAGAGAACACUGUGGCACCUGUAAUGCGUGAGGCGCCAUCUUCAACUGUCGUCAUCGGAUAGUGGAGUCCUUUGAGCGCCUUGUUGAGGUCUUUUGGAUCAACGCAAAUGUGAAUGUGUCCAUCUUUCUUUGCAGCGACCAUUUGUGAGACCCAUUCCAUAGGCUCCCUUACAGGUGUGAUCAUAACGCUUUUGCCCAUCUUGUCAAGUUUCUUUUGACACUGUUUUCCUUAACCUGGGGUACUUUACGCGGAGGACUAAAAACAGAGGUAACGUCAGGAUUAAGCCUCAUCUUGUAAACCACAAGACGAUUACCAAGGUCGCCAAAAAGGAAUCUUUGUACUCCACUUGUAUUGCUGUGCAGGAGGCAUCGACAGUGUCAACUUUGUGGACUUUGCUGUGCAACUGAAUAAAACAAACAGCAGGGCUAAAAAUCAAUGGUAGGGCCUCUUCUUAAAAAAAGAGCUUUUUGGUUAUUUUAUUGCGAACCUCGAUAUCGCAGAGGUGUAGAUGUAAAACCUGCAACAGGCUCUCCCUACACUAGAAAGAUUGCUGGAGGACAGGGGCGACGCCAUCUUCCAAAUCGACUUCACCCAGGAGUUUUCUAGCACGCUCGACCGAAAAGCGCUUGUAGAGCAUUUGGAUAACUCGACAGAUUUUGCUUUCCAGGGUUUUGGGUUCACAGAAGCGAGGGGCACUAUUCUGGACAACACAGCGAGCGUUGGCGAGCAAGUUUGCACUUGGAUGCAGACAACCGACAGCGGGUAUACGACAAGGACAAAGCUGCCAAACAAAAUAGUCUACCAGUUCGAAGCGGGAGAGGUCCAGGACCCAUUUUGAGGCCAUCUCGCAGACUACGUCUGUUCUACUGAUAAACACCUUUUUUGCACCCAGACGUGCAAAAAAGAGGUUAUACUCGAGGGGGGAGGCUUUGCGCAGAAACAAAGAAUUGGUACAAAACGCCUUGGAGGAAGUGUCUCAAGAGGGAGGUUUGUUUGUGGUACAGCAGCCGAAAAGGCAAUGGCAGAACCUUGCGUCGGUCUUGGGCCGUUGUUUCCUUCUUGCAGAUAGACGGCAGGGAGAGAUCUACAUGGUUUGGGAAGUCCACAUUAUCACGAGCAGAGUGCAGGGGAUAGUCGCCAAACCAACAAGAGAUAGAGUGGACAACGAAGCAACUUGGAAAAGAGCAAUAGAGUGGAUGGACGCAGACCUUGGCUUCUAG